AUGAUGCGCUACUCGAUAUUUUUAACAUUAUUCUUUGUCAAUUUUGUGGAUUCACGUGGAACUUUAAUUGAUAUUUUCAGUGGUGGAAAUUGUUCAAGUGAUCGAGUAUCACACAAAAGACUACUGCAAUCAUACAAAGAGUUAGUAUUUUUUUCAAUUUUCGAAAGUUUUAUCCAAUUUAUUUUCAGCCGUCAAGUUUAUAGAAAUGCUGUUUAUCCAGACUCAAAAUUACGAUGGAGUGAAAUGAAAGACAAUGAUGGAAAUUAUCAAAUACCGUAUAUUAUUACUGGAAUUUUUAGUGAGUUUUUGAGAACAAAAAAACAUACUUUUUUUUAAAUAAAAAAAAUUUUGUUCAGUCGAUGAAGAACUUGAAAUGAUAAAUAAAGUGAUCGAAACAAUUCAAUCAAAUACUUGUAUUCGAUUUAUUCCAAGAAUUAAUCAAAGAGAUUAUUUAGAAAUUCGAAAUGUUAAAGGAGAUGGGUAAGAAUAACCAAUAAUCAUUUGAAAAAAAAACAAUUUCAUUGUAGAUGUUAUGGUACAAUUGGAAGAUACCCUGGUAGAAAUUUAAUGAAUUUAGAAUCAAAUGGACUACAAAGUUGUUUCUCAUUUCCAACUGUUAUUCAUGAAUUUUUACAUAUUAUUGGAAUUUAUCAUGAACAUAUGAGAUAUGAUCGAGAUGAUUAUAUUAAAGUUCAAUAUGAAAAUAUAGCAAGUGCGGAAUAUCCUCAAUUUGAAAAACUUGGACCAGAAUAUGUAUCGACUUAUAAUAUUCCAUAUGAUUUUACAUCAGUUAUGCAUUAUAAUAAAUAUGCAUUUGCUUUACCUGGAAAAAUUAGUAUGAAAACAAUUGAUCCAAAGUAUCAGGUAAUGUUUUUUCAAAACUUAUUUCAUGAAUUUGAAUUUUUUCAGGAUGUAAUUGGAAAUUCUCCAAGUGCAAAUGAAAAUGAUUAUGCAAAAGUUUGUGCCACUUAUAAUUGUAAAAAAUGUAUGAAUCAAGAUUUCAAAGAGAUUUACAGUAAAAAGAAUAUGAUCUCUUCGAAACCAAUUCAAACAAUUCGAACUCCAAAAUAUGAAAAAUGUUCAGAUUAUCUUCCAGUUUGUAGAACUUUGAAAAAUCAAAAUCUGUUGAAUUGCGAUUCGAUGAGCAAAUAUUGUUGUUUUUCAUGUUCGACGGCUAGUUUUUAUGAUAAAUUGAAUGAUUUUUAUAUGUAA